CCACCUCACAAACCAUUCUACUCUCUCGCUUUCUCCCCUCCCCUCCCCGUACUGUUUGUUCCCCGCUCCUUUUUCCCAGCUUUUCUUUUUCCCUUGCCUGCUUUUGGCUCCUCUCGGUUUCCUUGUUCUUCAAAAGCAACGAGUUUUCCCUCCCCCUGCAUCAAAUGGAAAACCAUUCGAAAGCUCAAGAAACCAACAGCAGCAGUAGCACCAAUUACAGCCGCAACAAUGGAGCAACGACACCAGCAGCAGCUCCGUCACCGUCAUCGCCACCAGCUCUGCCUCCCAAAACCAUUCCGAAAGCCUGCGAGGUGAAUCCGUACCCGACGACCUUCGUCCACGCUGACACCUCCUCCUUCAAGCAGGUAGUCCAAAUGCUCACAGGCUCAGCCGAGACCGUCGCCGCUGCCGCGGCCGCUAGCUCGACGGCACAGAAAGCACCGGUUGCCCCGGCCACCAAGGCUACCGGCCCAAAAAAGCCUGCUUUCAAGCUCUACGAGCGGCGGAACAGCCUCAAGAACCUCAAGGUACUCAGCCCCCUCGUUCCAGCAUUCUUCAACUCCAGCCCCAACCCCAACUCCCUCGUCGCCGCUGCCGGAUUCUCUCCUCGGAAGCAGCCGGAGAUCCUGUCGCCCAGCAUGCUGGACUUCCCUUCGCUGGUGCUCAGUCCGGUGACGCCCUUGAUCCCCGACCCCUUCAACCGGCCGCCGCACCACCCGACUUCGGCGGCUGCCAAAUGGGCGGAGGACCGGGCGAUCGCCGAGAAGGGGUUCUACCUGCAUCCUUCGCCGCGGGCUUCGACGGACGCGGAGCCUCCGCGGCUGCUACCCUUGUUCCCAGUGACAUCUCCCAAGGUCUCGUUCGACUUAUCUCUUGCCGUACCUCACUCCUCCACCAGAUAAGUUUACCUCCAGAAUUGUGUUCGGUCUCUGUACUCGUUUUAGCUUCGAUUGCAUGGGUUUAUUCCUUCGUCCGCGAA